UUGUGUGUGUGUUUGUGUAACAGAGAGUUUUGGUUUUGGUUUUGGUUUUGGUGUGUGAUUUUGCUGUGGUUAUGGAGGUGAACAAGUACCUGAUUGGAGGAUAUUUUGACGCCGGUGUGGGACAAUUUUCGCCGGAGAAGACUAAGGCUGCGGAUCAUUUCACCAUUGAUGAUCUACUUGACUUUUCUAAUGAAGAUGCGAUAAUGACUGACGGUUGCUUCGAUAACGUGGCGGGAACUUCGACGGAUUCCUCCACUGUUACUGCUGUCGAUAGCUGUAAUUCCUCUGUUUCUGGCAGUGAUCAUCAUUUCAAUGGAAAUAUCGGCUCUCGAAGCUUCGAUGAGUCUCGAUUCUCUGAUGACCUUUGCGUUCCGUACGAAGAAUUAGCGGAACUCGAAUGGCUCUCGAACUUCGUCGAUGAUUCAUUUUCAACGGAAGGGAAAGAUCUUCAGGCGCUUAAUUACCUCUUCAAUAGUCAUUCAAUUUCGAAGCCUCAAACUCCAGAAACUUCAUCCUCCUCGGAAUUACCGCCUUCCGUAUCAAUUCCCUCUGAUUCCUCGAAGAGCUCGCCGCGUUUCCCCGCCGAAACGCCGCUCCCUUGCAAAGCACGAAGUAAGCGAUCGCGAACCGCUCCUUGCGACUGGACCACACGCCUUCUCCACCUCCUCACUCCGGCAGAUCAUAAACCGCCAAAAUCAUCAUCGUCGUCGAAGAAGAAAGAUGCGUUGAACGGCGAAUCCACCGGACGGAAAUGCCUGCAUUGUCAGGCGGAGAAGACUCCUCAAUGGCGAACGGGACCAAUGGGACCUAAAACGCUCUGCAACGCUUGCGGCGUCCGGUACAAGUCCGGCCGGUUAGUGCCGGAGUAUCGUCCAGCAGCGAGUCCGACAUUCAUAUCGGCGAAACACUCGAAUUCUCACCGGAAAGUUAUGGAGUUGAGAAGGCAGAAGGAGGUUCAAAUGGCGCAACAGCAACAGUUCAUAAAUCAGAGUUCAAUUUUCGGAGUAACGAACGGUUGUGAUGAAUACUUGAUUGCUCAUCACAUGGGGCCCACUGUUAGGCAUACGAUGUAGUGGAUCGUAGCGUAGGAAUCUUAGCAUGGACUUCAUAUUUUCGCAAUUACUUUUUUUUUCCUCCUUUCCUUUUCGGGUCCAUUUUGGUCAUAUCAUAUAAGAAGACAGAUGAGCUGGCAAUUCUAUUUUA